AUGUCUGCCUUGGUGUACGUCUCCCUUGGAGGCUCUGCCUCUCUGCUUUCCAACGGCUCCAUUCUUCUCACCAACGGCGAUGCCAGCCAGCAAGGCUCUGCCUUUGCGUCGCCUGCCAUGCGCCUCUUCUACAUUCCUGACAAGCGCUCUCCCUGCGGAACUGAGCUGGGCUUCCGAGUUGCCUUCAGCUUCGCAAUGAUCCCCGGGGAUCAGGGGGCGGGUGGGGAAGGCCUUGCGUUUGUGGUGACUGCUGCUGCUUCGAGCAAAGGGGCAAGCGUGGGGCUGGGAGGGGUGGGGAAGCGGAGUGUGGCGGUGGAGUUUGACUCGGUGCUGAGUGUGAAGCACAGCGACCCCAACGACAACCACGUGGGCGUCAAUGUGGGCGGCUCACCUGUGUCCCUCACCUCUGCCACGGCCCCUCUCAUCCUCAACGACGCCCACACCAAGCACGCCUGGAUCCACUACGACCCCACCAGCUGCGGCACUCUCCGAGUCUUCCUGUCCUCCGACCCCCAGCAGCCCCUCACCCCCGCCCUCACAGCAAGAGUGUCUCUCUGCUCCGUGCUCAAGCCCACUGCAUCCGACUCUCUCUUCCUCUUCGGCUUCGUCGCCCUCUCAGGCAGCCACCCCCAGAGACAUGCCAUUUUGUCCUGGAACUUUGUCACAGAUGUUCCCUCUUCUCUGUAG